AAGCUCCUGGGCAGGGCGGGCGAAGAGGCCGGGGCCCUCGAGCACAGGCCCCUCGCCGCCCCGCUGGCUGGCGGCAGGCGGCGCCUGCUCGUCGCGGCAGGGCUGGCCGCUGCCGUGGGCCUGGCGGCCCUCGGGGGCCUCCGCGCCGGCGGCGCGCUGCGGCCUGGCGGCCCGCCAGGCCCGUCGGAGCCCCCAGGCUCUUCCGCAAGCGCGGGGCCCGGGCGGCGCUGGCCAGCGUCCAACGAUGACGAGCGCGAGGGGUCUGCUCAGCUGAUCGACACCACCAUGGAUGCGGACAACCCUCUGCUGAUGACCUUUUACAUGUACCGGGCUCAGAGCGACUGGGACUACCCUCUGGAGAACGUGAACGCUGCCGACCUCCCUGGCGUGAUGUACUACCUGCACAACGAGGUCUUGGGCGGGCAGCCGAGGAAGUACAACACCACGAGGAUCUUGCGCUACAAGGUCACGGUUAAGCCCACGAAGGAGGUGUUCGACAGCACGAACACUCAGUUCGGACCGUUCCUGGCGUUCGACAACGGCAGGUGCACAAGUCCCACUUGCGCUGAGACGUUUCGCAAGUUCGGGUACAAUGUGGGCUGCCAGCUCCUUGACCCCACGUUGUCGGCCUACGCGUCGCCCUUCCAGACACAGCGCGGCUGCAAACCGACUGAAACCUGUCCGGGAGUCUGGUUUUCUCUGCCAGGGCAGUGCCCGACAAAGGACCUGCUGGACAAGACGCAGCAGUGCGUGGAGGAGGAGAUGGGCGGCGCGUGUGCCUCUGUGACAGGCGAGAAGAUCUGCACGUACCACUACGAGCAUGCUGGAGAAGUGCGCAUGGACGAGCUCUCGGGGCUGGAUGACAGUACAAGGUGGUGGUUACCAGACAAGAUGGGAAGGAAGAAGGCGGAAUACGUCAAGGAUCUGGACGGAGGCGUAGGCACGCACUUCUGGGACGGCAAGAUGAAUGUCAGCAAGGGCUCGGAGCGGCAGAGGAAGGUGCUCGACCUCUUUCAGAAAAAGUACCCGCAGCUGCCUGAAACGUACGGUCAGCCGCCGUGCGACUUCACCCAUGUGUAG